UUAGCGCGUUCGGCUGUUAACCGAAAGGUUGGUGGUUCGAGCCCACCCAGGGACGCGGGCUACUUUUAUUCCCGGGGAAAAGGCAACAAUGCUUCUGCUUUUGCUGAUUCGCUUCCCACGCGUCCCCGAGGCCUUCCUUACCGCGCGGGGCGGCGGCGCCGGAGAGGGGACGCGCCUGGAGGACAUUCACAGAGGCGGAACGUCCUGACUAGCGGUUUCUGCGCCCCAGCCGAGCCGCUUUGGGCGACGGCCCUGGGAACACAGCGCUAACGCGACGGACCUCAGAGGUUGUCUGAAGGCCGAGGCCAAGAUGGCGGCGCUGGCGGCUCCAGGCCUGCUCCGUCCGAUCCUGGCUCUGCGCUCUGGCAUGUGUGCAGCGGUACCAGUGCGUAGUGUCCAUCUGAGUGCCACUGCUGACAGCCCAAGCAGCCAGCCAGCUCUGCCCAAGACUGGAACCAAAUCCACCACACUUCCCAGCAGCCGGGGCGAGUAUGUGGUGGCCAAGCUGGACGAUCUCGUCAACUGGGCCCGCAGGAGCUCCAUGUGGCCCAUGACCUUUGGCCUGGCCUGCUGUGCCGUGGAGAUGAUGCACAUGGCGGCGCCCCGCUACGACAUGGACCGCUUCGGUGUGGUCUUCCGUGCCAGCCCACGACAGUCAGACGUGAUGAUUGUGGCGGGGACGCUCACCAAUAAGAUGGCUCCCGCGCUCCGCAAGGUCUAUGACCAAAUGCCAGAGCCUCGCUAUGUCGUGUCCAUGGGGAGCUGUGCCAAUGGGGGCGGUUACUACCACUACUCCUACUCGGUUGUGCGGGGCUGUGACCGAAUCGUGCCGGUGGACAUCUACGUCCCAGGCUGCCCACCCACAGCUGAGGCCCUGCUAUACGGCAUUCUGCAGCUACAGAAGAAGAUCAAGCGGGAGAAGAGGCUCAAGAUCUGGUACCGCAGGUAGUGCCUUCAGCCAGCCGCCCUGCCGCACCUCUCGUCAUUUUCAGAUUGUCAAUAAACCUGGUAAACUCAGCUAGGCGCGGCCCACCGCCUUGUAUGUGGGGAGGGGCCCCCGGGGGAAGGGGUGCCCAUCUUGAGUGGGCGUGGACUGAGUCAGCCAGGGUCACGCCUUACCCUUGUGCAUGGAGCUGCAGACC